AGGCAGAAGGAGAUGCCUACUAAAUGACAUGAAUGGGUACAGAAAAAAUGAUGACCGAAUGCAGACUUCACACUCACAGGAGAGUAACACGUUCUUUGGAAAGCUGUCUCCAUUGUUGGAAUGCAGACUUCACACUCACAGGAGAGUAACACGGUCUUUGGAAAGCUGUCUCCAUUGUUGGAAUGCUACAGUAGGACCAGUGUGAGGUGACCGAGGCUAAAGUGGAGGAGACAAGGCAAUGUGUGAACACACUGAGAGGAUGGGCGCAGAGUCCUGGUGUCGGUGUAGAUGUCUCUCGGUCGGCUCUUGCGACGCGCCUCCUCCAAGGCCUCGGACCUCCUGACCUUUAACCCAGGGUCGGCGGGUUCGCGGAACGGCUUGGACGGGGAGAUCAUCUUCUCCAAGAACAAUGUGUGUGUGCACCCUGCCGAGCCCCUCCCGGGUCUGCCCGAACACCACCCAGGGUACCUGUGUGUGCACAUGGAGAAGGAUGAGAGCCUGGGAACCACUCUGAUCCUCACCUGGGUUCCCAACUCCCGUAUCCAGAGACAGGACGAGGAGGCCCUGCGUUACAUCACCCCAGAGAGCUCACCUGUCCGCAGGAACGCUCGGCGCAGGACCCGCAGGCCCCACUCCCGACACCCUCCCGCCCAGGAGGAAGAUGAGGACCGGGAGGAGGAGGAGAGGAUUGGGAACGGAACUGGGAUUGGAGGGGGCCUGGGUCUGGAGGCCAGCAUAGAGCCCCCUCCUCCCCAGCAACAGCAGUCCCAGUCUGGGACGGAUGAGGGAGACGAGGGGUCCUGUGAGCUGUCGGCUGACGAGGUGAGCAGGGACAGCACCAUGGGCUCGGACUCAGACACCACCUUCUCCUCACCCUUCUGUCUGUCGCCCGUCAGCGAGUCCCUCUUUGAGAGCAGCGGCUCUGUGUUCCUGGACAACGAGAGCAGGGAGCUGUGCGACGAGUCCAUGACCCAUUCGGCUAGCUCCGCCUCCAGCCUGGACAGCCACGCUCCCUCUGAGAACAACAGCCAAUCGCAGGGCAUGCGGUGGGAGGAACAGCAGAAGGUGCUGGCGUUGGAGCAGCUGGGGGGAGUGUUCCGGGUCGACCUGGGUCACAUGAGGUCACUCCGCCUCUUCUUCAGUGAUGAGGCGUGUAAUAGUGGUCAGCUGGUGAUCGCCAGCAGGGAGAGCCAGUAUAAGGUCCUCCACUUCCACCACGCAGGUCUGGACAAGCUGGCUGAGGUCUUCCAACAGUGGAAGUGCUGCAGAGAGACGCAGCUCAAAGACCAGGUAGUGGAUGAGAAGUCAUGUAUGCAGUUCUCCAUCCGGAGGCCCACCCUGCCGUCCGCUGAGACCCACCCGGAGGAACGUCUGUACCGCCGCCUGGACGUCACCACCUGGCUCCGACACCUCAACCACAACGGACAGGUGGAGGAGGAGUACAAGCUACGCAAGGCCAUCUUCUUUGGGGGCAUUGACCCAUCCAUCCGCGGGGAGGUGUGGCCCUUCUUACUGCACUACUACAGCUGUGACUCCUCCUCCCAGGAGAGAGAGGCCUGGAGACUGCAGAAACGCUCUGAGUACCACCACAUCCAGCAGAGGAGGUUGUCUAUGAGUCCUGAGGAGCACAGUGACUUCUGGAGGAAGGUUCAGUUCACCGUGGAUAAGGACGUGGUGAGAACAGACCGCAGCAACCACUUCUUCAGGGGAGAGAACAACCCCAAUGUGGAGAUCAUGAGGUGUGUGCUGCUGAACUACGCAGUGUUCAACCCAGAGAUGGGAUACUGCCAGGGCAUGUCUGACCUGGUGGCCCCCCUGCUGACCGAGGUGCAGGAUGAGAGUGACACGUUCUGGUGCUUCGUAGGCCUGAUGGAAAACACCAUCUUCAUCAGCUCUCCCCGCGACGAGGACAUGGAGAGACAACUGAUGUACCUGAGGGAGCUGUUGCGUCUGAUGCUGCCCCGGUUCCACCAGCACCUGACCCAGCUGGGGGAGGACGGCCUACAGCUGCUGUUCUGUCACCGCUGGCUCCUACUCUGCUUCAAACGGGAGUUCCCCGACACAGAGGCCCUGCGUAUGUGGGAGGCCUGCUGGGCACACUACCAGACGGACUACUUCCAUCUGUUUGCGUGUGUGGCCAUCAUCGUGCUGUACGGUGAUGACGUGACGGAGCAGCAGUUAGCCACCGACCAGAUGUUGCUCCACUUCAGUAACCUCUCCAUGCACAUGAAUGGGGAGCUGGUGCUGCGCAAGGCCCGUAGUCUGCUCUACCAGUUCCGUCUGUUACCCAGAAUCCCGUGCAGCCUCCAUGACCUGUGUAAGCUGUGCGGUCCAGGGAUGUGGGACAGUCGCUACAUCCCGGCCGUGGAGUGUUCUGGGGAGCACCCCGACUCUCAGAGCUGCCCCUAUGGAGGCACAGCCACCCCCCAGCCCUCGGCCUCCCCGUCACCCUCACCCAACCCCACCCCACUCCCCGAGGGCAAGAGAGGUUCCAAGACCAGAGACAUCUUCAUGUUUCGGAAGCAGUCCUGAGUUGAAAUAGGGGGGAGGGAGACAAUGGUGCUAACUAUAACUGUUGAGUAGAUCAGAAGCUGCAGUACCACUUUUCUGCCACAAGGAUACCCAACAUACUGUAUGUGCUUCUCUCUGAUACUUCUCUUCACACUCUCCCCCUUUUCACAAUCACCAUCUUAUUAAAGGGAUUUUCCACCUGAUCCUUUUGUCCGGUGUGACAUGGAACACUGCCUUAUAAGAAUGUAUAUUUAUUUGGAACAUUCAGUACCACAGACACUUGGCACUACGGUUCCCAUGAAGAAGCUGCUGCUCUGCUAUUGGAGGAGAUUGGACAAUCAUCACUGUGUUGGACUGUAACCUUUCAGGGUCCACACUGUGGUCUAAGGUUGCUGGACUGGAUUAAACGUGACUCCAACGGUCAACUACUGACUUGAAGGGGAAUUGUUGAGAUUUGAACUCCAUCGAAAGGUCUUCAUAUGCUCACAAUGGAAUGUUUGUGUGAAUAAUGGAAUGAUAUAUUAUCUCAGCAUAUUGCAAUCAGGCUGAAGCCUAUUAACACGACACACGUAUAAACCUCCAUCAACCAAGAGAGGCAGGCUGUCAUUUCAACUGUCAGUAAGUUGAAAUAUUGUUACUUUUCAAAUCAUAUAUUUUUUUCUGUUCCCUUCAAAGAGGGAGUGUGUGUAUCUGUGGGUUUGCGAUUACAAUAUUUAGCAAUAUAGUACGAUUAUAUCCUUGCAUGAGCAACCCUUUAAGUAUAAAGGGCACAACCUGUUUAGCUAAUAACACAAAGCCAAAACAGAGGUGUGUGUAUAUAGGGAACUGUUUCCACAACAAGUUUUCUACAAACAUCCUUAUCAGACUCCUGUUCAGAAACCUGCUAAUUUAUUCUUCCAUUAUCAGAUGACACUGCCUGUCAGGCUGAAGGAAGGUGGGAUUUCAUUUAUCUUUGAUAAGAGGGGAUACGAAUAAAUAUGGCAUCUAUCAAAGCAAUAGGGAUUAAACAAUUCAAAGUUAGACUAGAUGUAGAGCUUAAAAAAUAUGUGAUGAUGGUUGUGGAUAUCCCACCAUUACCAGUCAGUGUACAGUUUGGUCAGCUAGCUACAUAUCGAAUAUGAGAUCAUGUGUUUAACUUUACUUUAAGUUUGUUUUUGUUAAAAAAUGUCAGAUUGAGCUUUUACACAGCCGCCCUGUGUUUUUGUUUUUCCAUAUCUAGAAACACAUUGACCUCCACCUUGACCUCCAAGUGAAUGAACACCACCAUCGUUGUCACUGCACUAAACAAUAUUAUAAUUCAUUAGAUUUGUACAGCACAGCUUCAAUCACAUACAAUGAAAUCUCAAGGUUCUUCACCUGCACC